AUGGUUGCAUCCGUGUCAAUGUUGCCAGGAGCUCGUAUCAGUCAGACUUUCCACCGUAGCAUCUGGCUGCCAGGUCUACUCGAUUGUGCCAUACGAACAGCCAUUGCCGCAUCAUCUUCCUGGCGUGCUCCAUGUUCUUCGCGUCACGAUCACGAUCUGCCGUCGCUGCAAUCUAUGCGCAAUUUCUCCGUGCCUCCGGCCGCAGGCAAUGGGAGGCUUCCUUAUGCCGUGCUCUGCACGGACCUCAGCUACAAUUUCGGAGACAUACGUCAUCACAGACAGAUACAGCCAGCCUUCUCCCUGCUUUCUCGCUUUUCGAUUGGAUAUCCACGUAGCCUGAUCGCACAAGUCUUAGCCACUCUGGCUUUACCUUCCCUCGGUUGUUUAUUUUGGAGGGUUGCAGCUGCCCGGCACAAUUCGCGCCUGCCUGGCACAAUUGGUAGCCUUCUCUUUGCGCUUGGUGGUUGGGCCCAAUUUCCCAAUUUUCAAUUGGCCUAA